UCUGACCAUUUUAAACCUCUGAGAGACGUUUUGAGUUUCAGCCUGAUGAUAUCUAUAAACAGGCUAUUUUCUAGAUGGUCACUUCUGGAUGAGAUGUUUGCAGUUGUUUUCUUCGGCUUGUCUUUGAUGACAUGGCACCCCGGGGUAACCGCAGAGGAGAAGGUGAACCAGCGUGUCACUGGAGCUGUGACCCCAGAAGCAGUUGACUGCCAGUUGAGCAACUGGUCAGAAUGGACAGAUUGUUUUCCAUGUCAGAACAAAAAGUACCGACACCGGAGCCUUUUGCAGCCGAGCAAGUUUGGGGGAGCCAUCUGCAGUGGUGACAUCUGGGAUGAGGCCAGCUGUGACAGCCCUACACCUUGUCUGAGGCAAGAACAGUGUGGACAGGAUUUCCAGUGUAGAGAGACAGGUCGAUGCCUAAAACGCCACUUGAUAUGUAAUGGAGACAUGGACUGCCUCGAUGGCUCUGAUGAGGACAACUGUGAGGAUUCCAGGGUCAUUGAGGAUGACUGUCAUCAAUAUGAACCAAUCCCAGGAUCAGAAAGGGCAGCCUUGGGGUACAAUAUCCUGACUCAAGAAGAAGCCCAGAGUGUGUACGAUGCCAAGUAUUAUGGGGGCCAGUGUGAGACUGUGUACAAUGGGGACUGGAGGAGGCUCCGGUACGACCCCACCUGUGAGCGCUUCUACUAUGGAGACGAUGAGAAAUACUUCCGGAAACCCUACAACUUCCUUAAGUACCACUUUGAAGCCCUGGCAGAUACCUUAAUCUCCUCAGAGUUUUAUGAUGAUGCAAAUGACCUGUUUUCUAAAAUAAAAAAUGACAAGUCAAAGUCAGAUGGCAUCACCUUUGGCAUAGGUAUAGCAAAAAUUCCUAUAACACUGGAGGGGAAUGUAGCCUGGUCCAAUGAAUCUUCAUUCUUGAAGGAGUUAAGCAAGUAUAAUGAGAAGAGAUUCAGCUUCAUGAGAGUGUCUACAACGGUACAGACCGCCCGUUUUAAGAUGAGGAGGCACAAUAUCGUUCUGGACGAAGGAAUGCAGCAGUCACUAAUGGAGCUCCCAGAGGAGUUCAACUAUGGCAUGUAUGCCAAGUUCAUCAAUGACUACGGCACCCACUACAUCACCUCUGGAACCAUGGGUGGCAUUUAUGAGUAUGUUCUGGUGCUGGACAAAGAGAAAAUGAAAGCUCAUGAUCUUACCCUGGAAGAUAUCAAAGAAUGCGCUGGAGGUUCCGGGGGCCUGACGUUUGAGAAAACUGCCACCUUUGAAGGAAGUCUAUCAGGACAGUCUUGUGAAAAGUUUGGAGGCGGCAAAAGUGACAAAGCAAAGGCAGAUUUGGCGGUGGAGAACAUCAUUUCUCGGGUGAAAGGUGGAAGUUCUGGCUUGAGCGGUGGCUUGACACAAAACAGCAGUGCCAUUACAUACCGGUCCUGGGGGAGAUCGUUAAAGUAUAACCCUGUUGUUAUCGAUUUUGAGAUACAGCCCAUCCACCAGCUGCUGCGGCACACAAACCUGGGACCCCUGGAGACCAAACGUCAGAACCUGCGCCGGGCUUUGGACCAGUACCUGAUAGAAUUCAAUGCCUGCCGCUGCGGGCCCUGCUUCAACAAUGGGGAGCCCAUACUCCAGGGCACCAGCUGCCGGUGUCAGUGUAGCAUGGGUCGGCAUGGCCCUGCCUGUGAGCAGAUGGGAGUUAUAGGAGUCAUAGCAGAUGGCCGCUGGAGCUGCUGGAGUUCCUGGUCAGAAUGCAGAGCAGGUUCGCAGGAGAGGAGGAGAGAGUGCAACAACCCCGCACCCCAGAAUGGAGGUGCUCCGUGCCCAGGAAAGAGCAUGCAGACACAGGCCUGCUGAGUGCCUCUGGAUGCAGCCUGGGAAGGAGGCCAAAGAUGCUGCUGACUGUCCUGGCUGCUGUGCGGGACUGACUCCUGCUCUGAGUGAAUGCCAACCAACAAAGACCAUUUUCUUCAGAAACCUGUGAAUUUUUUGUAAUAUAAACCUCAUAAUUCUUAGUCUCUACUAAUUAUAUAGCUUCAAAGCUGCCCCCCCAUUCCAGGGGGUUGUCACCCCUUACUUCUCAGAACCACCUUUCUAUUGUGUUCAGGAUGCUUAACAAUAACUUGAGUGGUUUAGAUACAUCAGAAAUUAUUCCUCACAAUUCGGGAGGCAUCAACGGGAAAAAUCAAGGUUCCAGCAGGUCUAGGGGAUGAAGAGGGAGUGUUUCAUUUUAUAUGUGUCCUUUUGUUGUGUUCUCACAUUGUGGAGGGCUAGGGAGUCUUUCAGCCUCUUUAAUAAGGACACUAGUCCUUCUCACGAGAGCAUUGCCUUCAUGUCUUAGUCAUAAAUCCCAGCCUACUCAUUCCACACUAGGUGUAGGACUUCCAUGUAUGAACUUACAGACCCCAACAUUCAGAUCCCUCAGCAUAUUCAUGAGGCUCUCUAAUCUGCUUCUCCCAGAAAGCAAUCAUAUUCGAAGGCAGAAACUGUGCAAGUUUUAUCAGCACAGUGUCUUCAGAGGGCAAGGGUAUGCAUUGCAGCCCUCAAGAGUCUUGUCGCUGGACAAGCAGAUAGUCCAAGUGUCAGUUCAUGGUUGACACCUGCAUUGGUCAGCCUCAAAGAGCUGCAGGUGGACUUGGGAGGGUCAAUCAGUGAAGAUCAAAACCCAUUCCCCUGAUCUUCCUGAGAAAAACCAAUCACAGCAGCCAGGCUAGUGUUCGCACACACCCUAAACCUUGCACAUGUUCAACACAGUUGCCAGCUGCCUUAAUUAGGGUUUCUAUUGCUGUGAUAAAAUACCAUGAGCAAAAGCAACUUUGGAGGAAAGGGAUUAUUUCAGCUUACAUGUCCCACCCACAGCCAUCAUGAAGAGAAGUCACGGCAGGAACUCAAGGCAGGAACCCGAAGGCAAGAACCCAAAGGCAGGAACUGAAGCAGAGACCAUGGAGGGGUGCUGCUAAUUGACUUUCUCCUCAUGGUUUGCUCAUCGUGCUUUCCACGACCACCUUCCUAGGAAUGGCAACAUCCACACUGAGCUGGGCCCGCCUCCAUCAAUCACUAAUUAAGAAAACACACCACACACUUGCUCACAGGCCAGUCUAGUGGGUGCAUUCUCUCAAUUGGAAGUUCCCUCUUCCAAAAUGUGUCAAGUUGACAGAAAACUAGCUAAACCAAUAUCCCAGGCUUACCCCUGCCUUCUCUUCAAAGUUGGUUGAAUUCAUAGCUUGGAAGCCUUUGGAAACAGAGUUCCAACUGUGUACAUAAAAAAAGAGGAGACUCUUGGGCCAUUGGGAAUGAAUAAAUGAAUUGUUAACAUCAGCGAAUGUAGUGCCCAAAUAAAUGCUGAAGGAGAGCAACA